ACGCUCCGAUAGCCCGGACAGCCUGUUGAAACUCAAGUUGGAGAGCCCCGUUUACGAGACGUUUGAACGUGUCGCUGUGCCCCCUGGGAAGACCGGACGAGGGAAGACUGCACAGUACGAGACCCACCUGGGCUGCCUGGAGUCUAUCCGGCGGGGUGCGGACGGACGCUUUGUGGUGGGCCCAGAGCCUGAGAUCAGUCCGAACCCCGCUCCUCCCGGCCCAGGGCCCUGCCCCCAAGUCCAGCAGGUACAAGCCAGGCCCCCGCUGCGACCCAAGGCCCGUGGCCAGGCCUGGGCCCGUCCUCGGGCCUGCUACUUCGCCGUGGGGACCAGCAGCCCAGCCGACGAGUCGCAGCCUCCCCCCAGCCCCGACAUCAGUCCCAUCGCCCCCGGGAGCCGCCCGGCUGCGCCCCAGCAGGCUCCCACUCCCCCCGAUGCCCCGGCCCCCGGGACCGGCCGCGGCAGCCUGUUCGAGCUAGGCCCCGUCGCCAUCGGCGACCGAGGCCCGGGCCGCGUCUCCCCCCUCCCGGGCCCCUCCUCCAGACCCGGGCACCCCCAGCGAGUCUGCAACCAGGCCUCGGGGAGCCGGACACUACUCCGAGAACCCUCGAUGAGCCUCUGCCCCUUGUCAGUACCUUCAGAAACCACGGCCAGUUCCCUUGGCCCCAGCAGCAGCGGCUACCACAGCGGAGAGGCAUCCUGGCUGCUCAGAGAAGACAGGAACAGCAACAAGAGGGGCGCCCCAGCCGAGGGGAGGUCUGAUUUGGACGCGGGCCUAGCGAUGAGCUCGGAGAUUCUUGACGCCCUGAGGGUGUAUCAGAGAGCAAGGCGCCCACACUCCAGCAUCGUGCUCCACGACCUCACCCUGACAGGUCAGUACCCUCGCGAGGCGGGACCCCCUCUGACCCCACCCCACCGCAGCCCCUAA